UCCGCAACAUUCCGCUUGUUCCUUCUAGUUUGCCGGUAACCUUCGUGUUGUUUGAAACGUUUUUGUUUUUGCUGUUGGUUCAAACAAAGUAUUUCGUGAUUUCGAAUAUUCGUUUGUUUCGGGGACUAAUCGGACGCCGGAAUUUUCACGUUCCGAAGAAAUUUUAACCUUAUUGUUUGGGAAUAAUCGUACUGUGAAGUGAACUAUCGAUAGUUGUGAAUUACAAACGGCGUGUUUUCGCGAGUGAAGAACGUAAACAAACCGAAUAGGAAGGCGCAAUGUCUUUCGAAAACGUGCAAAACCUACUCCGAUCGGAUCAAAGCUUGACCUGGCGAACGCCGCCGAAAUGUCCUAAAUGUCAUCAGCUCUACACUUCCUGUUACGUUAAACAAGGCGUUUCUCGGCGUGCAUUCAUCCUGAAAUGUGAUCAUUUAAUGUGUGAACGAUGCAUUAUGGAUCAAUGCCACGGUCCCAAUCGUUCCGUGGUAUGCCGCAUUUGCAAUAUCAAAACAAUUCUGGAUCCAAAACGUCGGAUGAUGGAUCAACUGCAGCACAGUUAUCAAAUGCUGGGAUUCCUGUACCAGCGACAACAUGAGGUCUCACGUCUGUCAGCCACUCUUCCAGAUUCUUCCUCUUUCGAUAAUAACGCUGAUCAAGAUGACGAACCUGACAAAGAGUGCUUUGAGUGCAAUCUAUCCCGAACACGCCACUACUGUCAAGAAUGCGACACACCGCUCUGUCGCGAUUGCUUCGAGAAGAUCCAUCGUGUCGGAAAGGUACUUUCGAAGCACAAGUUUUGUUCGCUUACAGCCAAAAAGUGGAUCCAGGAGGACACAAGCAUCUGUGACGAACACAAACUAACGACGGUGCUGCUUUGCACCACCUGUGAGAAGCUGAUUUGCACCGCUUGCCGAAAGGGCACCCAUGCGGUGCACUUCUGCAUCGAAGUGGUUGACAUUAACAAGGAGGCUCAGCCACGGUUGAAGAAGUUAUUGCUAGAUCUACAGCAGGCGUACGCAAUCAACGAGCAAGGAAAACAGAACACUGAGCGCAUACUGGAGAAGCAGAAGGAGUACACCAACCAAGUCCUAACCGAGAUCACCGAUUAUUUUUUCUCUCUUCACAACGUGCUUCAAUCCGUAGAACAAGAACUAUUAAUCUCGGUGAAGAAUAGUUUUCUAAAACUGAACACGGAAGCUACAACAGUCCAAAGAGAACUCCAUGCUUCAGGUCGACAUUUGAAACGUUCCAUAGAGCAAUUCAAAACAUUCCAAGUAGCAGUACCACGACAAACACUGCUGACGGAUCUGAUCAAAGAUAUGAAGAAGAUGCUGCACACCGCACCGGUCACAGCUAAGUUUCAAGAACCGGACGAAAAUCCUUUCCGUUUUCGAGAACGUGAACCUUUUCGUAAAGAAGUGCGUAACUUUUUCGAGCUCAACUACAAACCAAACAGUUACCAAUGCAAGCUCGUUCCCUACUAUCAACCUGACGCCUUUCCUGUGCUGGAAACUAUAAAUUCACCCGAACCUAUACAGGAGUCACGAAUUGAGUCACCUAUCUAUGAAAGUAGACGCGGUGCUAUAUCUAGAGUAGGUGCUGUAUCUACCCCUCCGGUGAAACAGCAAAUCAAUAGAUCAGUAUUCUCAUCGGAUGAUACCCUGAAGGAUGAUCCAUCUAGUAAACACAAUUCAAGUUCAAAAACACCUGAAUCGAGCCGGAUCCAGCGGGACUCUUUGAUAGUCGAAUCUGGAAAGAGUGCAGAAGGUCGUAUCAAAUCAUCCAAAAAUAAGCGAAAAAAUAAAAAAGGUUCAAAUUCACGCCGCACUCCCCCGAAGGAUGAAAAACCCACACAACCCAACACUAAGCAGACGGUGGUAUCUAAGGCACGUUCUGAAGGUCCUGAUUUGGUAAUGAUUACCAGUCCGGUACAGCAAUCAUCUCGUCAUAGCACUGGCGGAGGUAACCGCAAUCCAUAUCCAAAGCACGAUGUGUCCAAACGAAGUCAGGUUGGUCGAUUGAGAUCACAUGGUUCUACUAGUUCCGCUCCAAGCGACUCUAACCAACGAGGUUCCCCGAUUUCACCUGCUGAACCUGUCCGUGAGAAGCUCAAACCGGUUCUUGAAAUUAAUCCCAUCAAUCCGGACAACGCAUCGUUCAUCAAAUUCAGCCAGAAGGUCAACGUGACGUGUGUACUGAGCCCGAACAAAUUCUACGUGCAGAAUCAAACCUUCAAGUCGAUCGUGAACGAAUUGUGCCAGGAUGAUGGUGCAACUGCCGAGGAACCGGAAGACAUCAAUGUUGGUUCGCUUUAUCUGGCACAACCAACAUCCGAAAGCAAUUGGUACCGGGCAAGGAUACUCAGUCGGGCCAAGCAUGGUAAAAAGUAUGAAGUUUUCUUUGUCGACUAUGGUCGUACGGAGGAGAUUUCUAGGGGACAGAUUCGUGUUCUAAGUGCCGAUCUGGAGGGCUUUGCUUCAGGAGCGAGCGAGUGCACUCUCUACGAUCUGGUGCCGGCCGAUGGAAGCGAUAAGUGGAGUGCUGAGGCAAGACAAAUUAUGAUUGAUUUUAUCGAAAACAAACAAAUGAUUAUGUACCUGGUGCAGCAUGACGAAAACAAUAAGGAUGAACCAAUGCACGUCGAUCUAAUUUCCCAAACCAUCGAUAGCCCGAAGUCCCUACGCCAUGCAUUGUUGUAUCUAAAUCUGGCAAAACGUGAUCCGAAGUCAGCGAAACGAACCAGCGAUUCCUUACGCAAAAUUGAUCAACUAGAGAAAGUGAUACUGAAGUGGAUCUCGGAAUACAAGCGAACUAUAAUACCGCGAGAGCUGGAAAAGGAUGAUGUUUUUAAGGCAAAAAUAACAUGUAGCAUGUCGCCUAGCGAGUUCUACAUUUGUAAAAAUGCUUGGUUGGAAAAGUACAACCGUAUGCAGCAAGAAUUAAACGAAUAUUGUACCAAAGAUGCCAUGGUCGCCUUUUCACCGCACGUUGCUAUGGUUUGUGCAUUUGCCGAGAAGGAUGCUGAGGAGACAGUAAUUUGGCGGCGUGGUCGAGUGCUAAAAUUAGGAGAAGCUCAUUGCGAGAUAGUCUCGGUCGAUACUGGACAUCGUUUAUUGAUUCCCUGGCAAGACAUCCGUUAUAUACCGAAACAGUUUUGUACUCAGGCUGAGUUUGUGGUAUGCUGCAAACUAUUGCACAUUCAACCUUUCAAGCAAUACAACUACCGUUGGACGGAUGAAGCAAUAGCAGAUUUCAAUCGAUUGGCCAACAGUAAUUCAGUCUUCCAGAUUAUCGUAGAUAAUCGAGACGUCGAUCUUUCCUAUGAUGUGGUGUUGUAUAUAGUCAGGAAACGGUACGAUACCUGCGUGAAUGCAUUGAUGGUUAAGAACGGGUUCGCUGUUUCUACCGGUUCCGAAAGUAUCGUAGUGGAACGGGCCAAGGAUGUCCCGGAAGAAGACAUUGUAGCGGCUUGCGAUAGUGCAAGUGUUAAAACAACGGGAAGUAAAAGCUCGACAUCCGAAAAACGAAAGACAAGAGUUCGGGUCGAGAUAUUGCGAGUUGUUUCGCCGGGUGAAUUUUACAUAAGCCUAGUCAAAAACGCUAGUGGUGUUUCACAAAUGCAAGAAGAGAUUCAAAACCGGAUGGACGACAAAAUGGACGAUGGAGACGAUAAGAAGGAAUGGAAGGUAGGAGAGUUGUGUUUGGUGUUCCCAACGUUGAUGCUUCCCGGCACCGAUGGAAUAUCUUGCGAAUGGUAUCGUGCCCGGGUGAUAGAAAUUGUGGAUGACAGCAACUAUACUGUAUUUCUGAUUGAUAAGGCCUAUACCAUGAAUGCUCACUAUUCUAACAUGAGUGCAAUCCCGGACGAUUUGAAGCAGGUUCACCCUGCUGCCAUACGCUGCUUUCUGGCUUGCAUUGGCCCAACGGGCAAUAACGAGGCAUGGUCGUCGUCUGUGAUCGAUGCAUUCAAAGUAGCAAUCGACAAAUUCGAAUGCUUCGCGAUCUCCCUCCACGGCAGAAGUGUCAACGAUUCGCUGCCCGUCAUUCUCUGGGGAAUGAUUGCCGAAAGUGCGAAAGCGCUCUCUCCUCAACUAUUUCAGUAUGCCAACAUCAAUAAUAAUCUGGUUCAGUACGGUUACGUACAUCUGAAGGAAAAAUUCAUGCCUCUAUCUGCAGCCAGUUCAGUGGAGGAAGAACUUUUGCGGCACUAUCAAGCUUUUGAUCAGUUCUUUCAAGCGUUGGAUGUCGAUAUGGAGGAACCCCUGGUCGAACCGAGCUAUUCGGGUUCUUGCGAUACAUAUCAGGAUGAUCUCACAGAUGAACCGACUCCGAUCGAUCGUUGGCUACCGGCGAAACCAAUCGAUAAGACCAUUUUCGUGGGUGUGCCCACGUACGUAGACAACAAUGGCGUCAUCUAUCUACACGACAUGGAGAAGGAAUCGAUCCUGACGGCACUGAAGAAGGUGAUUAAUGGCAAGUUUGAGGGUAGCCAACAGCUGCCAAGUGACAAAUUUUAUUCCAAUGGCGAACCUUGUCUGGCCAAGUUUCACAUUGACGAUCAGUUCUAUCGGGCCCUGAUUCGCAAGGCCAUCAGUCCUUGUCGCUAUAAGGUCCAGUUUGUGGACUACGGGAAUAUUGAAGAAUGUGACGUACAAGAUCUGCGGAAGAAUGUUAUUUGCGGACGUGUUCCGAUAUUGGUCAAUAAAUAUCGGUUGACCGAUGUUGCGCCGAAGGAUGCGGACGUGGUAUGGAAAACGGAUGUACUGGACACGAUGCACUCCUUGAUCGUUGGCAAACAGUGCCAAGUUCGAGUGGAUACGGAUAUGGACACCGAUGCUGCUGGAGUAGUGCCAUGCUAUCUGAAAGUAACCGGAGUCGUCUCAGUCGAUGUAUCCGAAUAUCUGCUAAAUCAAAAGUUAGUUGUGAAGAAACAUGCUGUGUUUGAGGAGAAAGUAGAUCAACUGUAUGAUCCCUAUAUGAAUCUAUUUGGUAGCAAAAAGCGAGAUACAUCGCCGAAGAGUGGACGAUUGCGUAUUGCGGCAAAUUUUGGGCAGGACCCUGGAAGCGAUAGUGAAAGCGCAGAUCGAGUUCCUUCGAAUGAUUUCCGCGGUCGUUUCACUAGACAAGAACUGGACGAUCUAUUCGAGCACGUAGCGAAUGAACAAAGCCGUGCGGCCGAUUGUGACGAAGACGAUGGCGAGGAUUCCAUAGAAAAUGGAGUUGACCUGAAUAAGGUGCAGUAUUUCUAUAGCUUCGGCGAUGUUAAGCAGGAACUUGACUCGGAUAUGGAAGAUGGUGAAGUAGUCGAUACGGACAAAACAAAUGACGAAGCCGGCGGUUGUCCCGAGACUGAUGGAUCUUCGAAUGUUUCAUUCAAUCCUAAUGAAUUCGAUACAUCGACACAGAUUGAUCCACCGCUAGAAUUGACUCGUCCUACAUUACACGGAUUCCCACAAUUCCAGCUGGACGAAUCGAUCACUGGAUUCUACUGCGAGGUCACAAACCUCAUUAAUCCUUUUAAUUUAUUUGUAUUUCCACAAAUGGAAGAUCACAUCCAGCGAAUGAAGGAAAUGAUGGCGAAAAUUCAAUGCUAUGUUCGUAAACACCGAAAGUGUUCCGACAUUGAGGAGAAUAUGUCGUGUCUUGCUUUGUUCAAGCAGGACAACUUCUGGUAUCGGGGCAUCAUUGAAAAAUACUUCCCCGACCGAGCAGAAGUAUUAAUUUUUUAUGUUGAUUACCUUAACAAGGAGACAAUCAGUGUUCGUGAUAUCCUCAAGUGUCCGGUUAGCCUACGGCGUGUUCCGCUGCGAAAUGUGCAGGUGCAGCUCCACGCGAUUCGAGGGAAUCCACGAAUGCGAGAGUCCGAUAUAAUGAUGAAGCUGGUCGAGCUAAUCGAGGGCAAGCGGAUUUAUGCCAAGGUGGCCAGCCAUUCACCCACCCUCGAGGUCGAACUGUACACAGAUUCGAAGUGUACCAAUUUGAUCUAUCACAAGAUGAUAAAGGAAAAGUUCUUUCUAGUGGCAGACGAUGGUCGUUCACGGCAGCGAGUAAACUAGGUUGCAGUUUUACGUAUGUAAUUUAUGAAUUUACCUAUACCUAGCAAGCGUUAGUUGUUACAAUAAGGGGAUGUUACUUACCAUUUCCAUGUUCUGAAUUUGAAUCAGCGAAUGUUUUCAAGCGCUACAUGAAUUAAAGAAUUGAAAUAUUAA